AUGACAGCACCCGUCACGAGUUCCCUGCAUAUGUCACUCCCCCCCUACGGUUUACCCCGGGGCAGGAGGAGACAGGCGGGAAACCCCUCCGAUGCAGGUCGCAUAUGUCAAUGUCAUGCCUUCUCUGGCUGCCAACACAACCCAGUCUCUGCAUGUGUAACAAGUUCCCGGUCAUGCCACGGCUCUCGCUGCCCAACAUCGUCUUGUCAGCGCCGUAGCACCUCAAAAACACGAGUCGGGCUAGGUAUGUAA